AUGGCCCCGCUGGACUUGAAAGAUCCGUUUUGCAUGCAUGUGCCGUUGAUUGACGAGAUAGUGAAGUUGUACGAUCAGUCUGUAUGGCGGAUCCGGGAUGCUGUUCGGGAAAUUGAGAAGAGCAGAGUCGAAAUAGGAGCGAAUUUCGAGAACAUGAACGAAUUGUCUCGCCAUGGAGUUCAUGUCACAGAGGUCCUGGAGGCCAUGGUUGGGACCUUUCUGAAGAUACAGGAACAGCAGAGACGAGUUUACGUCUGUUUGCCAGCUGAAAUCGACAAGACCUAUCAAGAGCAGGCGCAGGAAUAUGUGAGCUUUCAGAUGUUGAUGAUUCAAAAUCUGCUAUUGCGCUCAAAGUCGUUAUAUGAGCGACUGAAGACGGAGACCACCGUGGGGUAG